UUAGAUUAAACUAGGGAUCCCAUUAAAGUAUGCCAAACUUUAAAGCAAAACUUCCGUUUUUGCCCUUAUUCAUGAGCCUCCUUACCUCCUAUAAAUUCCAACAACACUCUUUCCCUCCCCUUCACUAAACAGUAAACACAAAAAAGCAUUGCAUCAGGUGGGUACCAUUGCAGCAAUGGAAAAGCCACAUGCCAUUUGUAUCCCCUAUCCAGCACAAGGCCACAUCAAUCCCAUGAUGAAACUUGCCAUACUCCUUCACUUUAAGGGCUUCCAUAUCUCCUUUGUCAACACCCAUUACAACCAUAAGCGCCUGCUACGAUCUCGAGGUCCUUCUACCCUUGAUGGUCUGCCGGAUUUUCGUUUCUACUCUAUCCCUGAUGGCCUUCCGCCAUCUGAUGUUGAUACCACACAGUCAAUCCCCGCCCUCUUUGAAUCCCUUCCUAACCACAGUUUGGAGCCUCUCUGUGAGCUGAUCACUAACCUUAAUGGUGGCGAGGAUUCCGAUGUGCCACCAGUGACAUGUAUUAUAUCUGAUGGGUGCAUGAGCUUUACUCUUUCAGCUGCCGACAGGUUUGGGUUGCCCGAAGUAUUGUUCUGGACGCCAAGUGCUUGCGGGCUUUUGGGUUACACUCACUAUCGUGAACUUGUUCAGAGGGGGUAUAUUCCCCUCAAAGAUAUGAGCGACAUGGCAAAUGGGUAUUUGGAAACAAGCUUGGAUUGGAUUCCUGGAAUGAAUAACAUCCGACUAUGGGACUUACCGAGCUUCAUUCGAACCACAGACAUAAAUGACAUCUUGUUCACCUAUCUUAUGACCGAGGUAGAGAAUCUCCCUAGAGGCGCCACUAUUGUGCUCAACACAUUUGAUGCCUUAGAACAAGAUAGUGUUAACCCCUUAAUUGCAAUAAACCCACAAACCUUCACCAUAGGCCCACUACACUUGAUGCAACAACAUAUUCACGAUGAUCGACUUAAAAACAUAGGAUCCAAUCUUUCGAAAGAAGAUUAG